AUGCUAAAAGGCCUCUUUUCCUCCAAACAAGACCAGGCAUAUUCACUGAGUUUCGGCAAAAUAUUUUAUACAAAAUAUAACGGCAUUCCAUGCUCGAAAAUAGCAUUAAAAUCAGGCACCACCAAGUCCUAUGAGAUUCUCAAGCAUCAUCCACAUCCAAACAUAAUUCCGAUCUUCAAGCUAUCCCGCUCCUCUGUUUAUACAAAAAGAAUAGUGCCCUUUACACAAGCUUUUGAAAGGGAAAAGACUGAAUACAACGGAUAUGUCAUUUUCAAGCUCAAAGAAGCACUUGACUUCGUGCACACAGUACUAAAGAAGGAGCACAGAGCUAUAAGCAUGGAAUCCAUUGUCUUGGAAGAAUCGGGACAAGUUCUGUUAUGUAAUUUUGAGAGGCUUAAGGAUUUCGAAAGCCAAACCUUAGAUUAUCAGAUGCUAAGUGAGCUGUGUGUGCAACUGACAGGCAGUGAGGAGUUUGUGGCACAAGUUGAAAAAAAUAGCAAUGCACGUGGCGUUGCAGAUAUGAAUUUUUAUGAUAGCAUAUUCAAGUUAGACCUAUCAAUGUGUAAAAUUGAGGAUAAGAUUUCAAUGUUUGAGAAUUUUUUGAGAAACAGAAGCAUACUUCCGACAAUAACUAUCAAGUUCCUCUUUAAUGCCUUUCUGAAAGAUGCCGAAAGGGACUUAAAUAAAGAAUAUAAAACAAAGACUCUCGACUUUCUUUACUCCCUGGAUGAAAAAUACUUUAAUGAGGAUAUAAAAAUACUGUUCUCAAUUUUGGAUUCUAAUAUUCGGGCCUAUCUACUCCAGAGGUUUAUGAAUCAGAGCUUUACAGUGCAGGAACUGGAUGGAAUAACAUCAGAUUUGAGUCUUGGGUUGCAGGUCAAAGACAAGACGAUUAAGAAACUAACCAUAGACUUCAUAUUUCAGCACAGCUUUAGCACAGAGGCCAUGAGCUUUCUGCUCGACACUAUGGCUUCAUGCACUGAUUCUGAAUCGAUGUUGUUAAUAUGCAAUUAUCUGUUGGGUCUAAAUGGGGAGAGAUAUUGCAAACAAAUAUACAAGCUCCUUCUUGUCUUUCUGAGCUCUGAGAAGAAUACUCUCCCUGUCUACAAAUGCAUUGAUAAAUACUGUUUUAAUUUUGACAAAAUAAAGAUUGCAAAGGAAAUACUCCCAAGCCUGUGCUCUAGAUUGAUAGAAAAAGACAACCAGGAAUACUGCUUUGCACUUGUUGAAAAGAUCCUGACCUUUUUAAGAAGCCACAAGGAUGAAAUUCAGAGCAAGGAUUGGUCUUUAAAGUCGAUUGCAGGAAUGUUUUCAAAAAAGGCAGAACAGCCCAGUAAGUUUGAGGAAAGAGUAUCGAGGUUUUCAAAGGAAGAGCUGGAUGAGUGGAAGGACAUUGAGAUUGAAUAA